UUGCCGAGUUCACUGAGUUCCAACUCUUUGAUUAGUGAUGACGACUUGUUCCUUUCACUAGUCAGUGUUAUAGAAUAUCAGUUAGUGCCUGUACAUUUUUCAGACCCACUUCUCCAAUUCAAGCCAAGUGGUGAAGAUAACCUCCUCAAAUAUUCUAUACAGAAACUCUACCAAAAACAAAGAGAAAAGUGGAAGAGAACCCAAAACCCCUCAUUAUUAUACAUAUACACAAGACAAAAUCCUUCUCUUUCUCUCUCUUUCUUUCUCUCUCUAAAGUUUCCGUCUUUUAUUUACCCAGAACCAAACGCGCACACACCAAAUACUAUAUUCUAGAGUACUAUUUUAUUUGUAUUUUCUUGUGGUGUUUCGUGUUUGUUCUUCAGAUGUUUGGUGAAUUGCUCUGUACACUCCCCAUAAAAUAAAACACACACACUCGUGUCUUUUUCUUGAUUUUUUGUUGUUUUCUGGAUUGUUUCAACUGGGGAUGGUGUUAACCCAUCCGGGUCAUCUCUAAACUUCUUGCAAUUGAUGCAAAAAUGGAACUUUUUUCAUGGUUCUGAGACAUACAGUCUGUGAUGGAUCUUGAACGAUGGAACAUUGACAAUCCAAUCAAGAAGGAGUCAUGGAGGACAGUCUUUACUUUGGCUUAUCAGAGCUUGGGAGUUGUAUAUGGGGAUUUAAGCACUUCGCCUCUGUAUGUGUACAAAAGCACUUUUGCAGAGGACAUUCAACACUCAGAGUCUAAUGAGGAGAUAUAUGGGGUUUUGUCUUUUGUUUUCUGGACAUUAACCCUCAUUCCACUCCUGAAAUAUGUGUUCAUAGUGCUUAGAGCUGAUGAUAAUGGUGAAGGUGGGACAUUUGCUUUGUAUUCAUUGCUGUGCCGCCACGCCCGAGUCAAUACUUUGCCCAACUGCCAGCUUGCCGAUGAGGAGCUAUCAGAGUAUAGGAAAGAUGGAAUUGCGAACACUAAUAAGGGUUUCGGGCCGAGCUUGAAAUCGACAUUGGAGAAGCACAGAGUAUUGCAGAGGUUAUUGCUUGUUUUGGCUUUGAUUGGGACUUGUAUGGUCAUUGGGGAUGGAGUUCUUACACCAGCAAUUUCAGUUUUUUCUGCAGUUUCCGGGUUGGAGCUUUCCAUGUCGAAAGAACACCACCAAUAUGUAGAAGUCCCAGUUGCUUGUAUCAUACUGGUAUUUCUGUUUUCCCUCCAGCACUAUGGGACCCACCGGGUAGGAUUCCUGUUUGCACCUGUUGUAAUAACAUGGCUUUUAUGCAUCAGUGCCAUUGGUGUGUACAACAUCUUUCACUGGAAUCCCCAUGUUUACCAAGCGCUCUCUCCUUACUACAUGUACAAAUUUUUGAAGAAGACCCAAAGGGGAGGUUGGAUGUCCUUGGGUGGGAUUUUGUUGUGUAUAACAGGUUCAGAAGCCAUGUUUGCUGAUCUUGGACACUUCUCACAGCUGUCUAUCCAGAUUGCUUUCACUUUUUUCGUUUACCCGUCCUUGAUCCUUGCGUAUAUGGGACAAGCUGCUUAUCUUUCUAAGCAUCAUACUCUUGAAACUGACUACCGGAUUGGAUUCUAUGUAUCUGUACCAGAGAAGAUACGAUGGCCUGUUCUGGCAAUAGCCAUACUUGCGGCAGUUGUUGGAAGCCAAGCUAUCAUCACAGGUUCUUUCUCCAUCAUCAAACAGUGCUCUGCUCUUGGUUGCUUCCCAAGGGUUAAAAUAGUCCACACAUCAUCCAAAAUGCAUGGCCAGAUUUACAUUCCAGAGAUCAACUGGACUUUAUUGCUGCUAUGCUUGGCUGUCACUGUUGGUUUUAGAGACACAAAGCACAUAAGCAAUGCAUCAGGUUUGGCAGUUAUAACUGUUAUGCUGGUAACCACCUGCCUAAUGUCUCUUGUUAUCGUCCUGUGCUGGCACAAAAGUAUCUUCCUAGCCAUUUCCUUUAUAUUCUUCUUCGGUUCCAUUGAAGCGCUCUACUUCUCAGCUUCACUCAUCAAGUUCCUUGACGGUGCUUGGGUCCCGAUAGCCCUUUCAUUCAUCUUUCUAAUAAUCAUGUAUGUUUGGCACUAUGGCACACUCAAGAAAUACGAGUUCGAUGUUCAAAACAAGGUUUCCAUUAAUUGGCUCCUCAGUCUGGGUCCUAACCUAGGAAUUGUGCGGGUCCCGGGCAUUGGUAUAAUACAAACUGAGCUUGUAUCUGGAAUUCCAGCUAUUUUCUCCCACUUUGUGACCAAUCUCCCAGCUUUCCACCAAGUCUUAGUUUUCCUCUGCAUCAAAUCUGUCCCAGUGCCUCAUGUAAGACCUGAGGAAAGGUUCUUAAUAGGAAGAAUUGGCCCAAAAGAGUAUCGGCUCUACCGCUGUAUAGCACGAUAUGGCUAUCGUGAUAUUCACAAGGAUGACGAGGAGUUUGAAAAAGAUCUUGUUUGUAGCAUUGCAGAAUUUAUCCGGUCAGAGAGGCCAGAAUUUGAUGUAUUAAUAGAAGAUUUGGAGGGAGAUGGAAGAAUGACCGUUGUUGGAUCUUCUGCAACGAAAUUAGAAGGUGCAAGGAUGUGUGAAGACAAUGCUGGUUUUUCUGGAGAGGCUAGCACUUCAGAGUUAAGGGAGAUUAGUUCGCCUGACCUGACGAGGAAGAGAGUGAGGUUCCUUUUGCCCGAGAGCCCUACGAUUGAUAUAAGUGCACGAGAGGAGCUGCAGGAAUUGAUGGAAGCAAGGGAAGCCGGGAUGGCAUUCAUACUGGGCCACUGUUAUGUGAGGGCAAAGAGGGGUUCAAGUUUGGUGAAGAGAAUAGUCAUCAAUUUAGGGUAUGAUUUCUUGAGGAGAAACUCUCGAGGUCCAAGGUAUGCAUUGAGCAUUCCUCAUGCAUCAACUCUAGAGGUGGGGAUGAUCUACCAUGUUUAAAUAUGAUUCACACACUAUGUUAUGUAUUUAAUAAUUUUCUGUGUGAUACAAUGUAAAUGAUAGAUCAAAGCUUUUGUAGAAUGCCAAUCAACAAUGUAGUUACUGAGCUCUCAAGUAUGCCAAAAUGCAUAGUAGUUAUGCCUCAAUCAGCUCCUUGAAACUACUAGUUCUAUUACACUAUCCACUGUUCUAAGCCUAUACAAAACUGGUAUCGGUAUAAUGCUUGUUUUUCUGAGGAGUUUACUGGCUUGGAUAGAAUUAUGUACUAAUGAUCGGUUUGACAACGAUUAUUAUUCGAUGUUUAAUUCACACCUUA